CAGCAACCAGCAAUCAGCAGAGGGGCAGUGCUCCUCGUCGCCUUUUUUGUGCACAGCUCCACCAUCAUCUCCACUCCGUUGGCCAUCACUUGCAUCGCUCUCUUUCUCCUUCUUUUUCUCAUCCUCAUCCUCACUCUCAUCUCGUUGGUACGACUGGACCCGCAUUCACCUUACGGGAGGGCCAACCGAUUCCGCUUCGACGCCACCCAAACAUCCCGCGUCAAUUGCUCAAUUCCCCCUUUCACACAAUCACGCACGCUCUUCCCCUCCUGUUCCAUCAACACUCCGCCCAUCAUAACCACGACGCGUCAACAAUUCCUCUCCUCCUCCUCUCACACAUCCUCCUCCGACACCCAUGUCGCUCGCCUCACCACUCCUGGGCACACCAUCAUCGCCCAGGUCUCCGCGGGCGUCACGGAGGCGCAACGGCUCCGUCUCCGAGUCACUGUCUUUCCUUAAGUCGCCCAUUCAAGCAUUGCUCAAUCUCCCGCCCAACGACCCCACAGAGACAAAGCACGAAGAAGCGCUCGGUGUAGUCAAAGAUGAGGACCGCCAGCGCGUCGAGUUGCGCAUUGGGGGCAUGACGUGUGGGGCAUGCGUCGCCGCUAUUGAAGGCCAGAUUAGCGGAAUGGACGGAAUUCUCAGCGUCCAGGUGUCACUGCUAGCAGAGCGUGCCGUCGUAGAGUACGACCCAGACUACGUCGACGCCAAAGGUGAGGGGUGGACAGACGCACGCAUCGCCGAGGAGAUUGAAGACGUCGGCUUCGACGCCGAGGUGGUGGAGAAGAGCGCAAUCAUCCCAGUCGAGCUCCGCGUGUACGGCAUCGAGGGACAUCCAGACAUCGCGCCGGACGUGAUCAAGGAACUGAGCACGCAGCCAGGAGUGUCCGACAUUGUGCUCGUUGCGCCAUUCCAGCACUUGUCCUUCCUCCACACGCCGACUCUCGCCAACCUCCGCGUCAUCCUCGACCAUCUCACCUCCAUCUUCCCCCAGCUCUAUGCCCUCCCCACAUCGAGCGAGAGCGACUCGCAGCUCGCGUCCCUCCGCAAGCUUCGCGAAACGGCACGCUGGCGUCGCACAUUCUUCAUCGCCCUCUGCUUCGCCAUCCCCAACUUCAUGAUCGGCAUGAUGCACAUGUACCUCCCUUUCCUGGGGUGGACGAAAAUGAAGCUCAUCAAGGGCAUCUACCUGGGGGAUGUGGUGUGUCUUCUCCUCACCAUUCCCGUGCAAUGCUUCCUUGCGCGCGCGUUCUACCGCGCCGCGUACAAGAGCUUGAAGCACGGCUCCGCGACCAUGGACGUCCUCGUCGUUUUCGGCACAACUGCCGCAUUCACUUACUCGGUCCUGUCCAUGUUCUUCGCCAUGUUCGCAUCGGACCCAAACUACAGGCCGAAGACCUUCUUCGACACCUCGACCAUGCUCAUCACGUUUGUCUCACUCGGCCGAUACAUCGAGAACCUUGCCAAGGGCAAGACCUCGGCCGCGCUUACUCACCUGAUGCAACUCUCCCCCUCGUCCGCCACGAUCUUCGUCGACCCCGAGAACUACCUCGGCGACGCUCCCACGCGCAAGAUCCCCACCGAGUUGGUUCAGGUCGGCGACAUGGUGCUCGUGACUCCAGGCGAGAAGAUGGCUGCGGACGGCGUCGUCGUCGCUGGUUCGACCACCGUUGACGAGUCUAUGGUCACCGGCGAGUCGCUCGCCCUUUCUAAGGAGGUUGGGUCACAGGUCAUCGGUGGCACCGUCAAUGGUCUCGGCACUGUCACCUUCCAUGUGACGCGCGCAGGCUCAGACACGACGCUCUCGCACAUCGUCAAGCUCGUUGAGGAUGCGCAGACUUCCAAGGCCCCCAUACAGCAGUUUGCUGACCGCGUCGCCGGCAUCUUCGUCCCGAUCGUCAUCACGCUAAGCCUGAUCACGUUCUUCGUAUGGCUUGCUAUCUCGCUCUUCAAGAGCCACCUUCCCAAGGCAUUUGACGCACCCGGCGAGUCAAAAUUCGGCGUCUGCCUCAAGCUUUGCAUCUCAGUCAUCGUCGUCGCUUGCCCAUGUGCGCUGGGCCUGUCUACUCCGACUGCGGUCAUGGUUGGUACUGGUGUCGGAGCGCAGAACGGAAUCCUCAUUAAGGGCGGAAGAGCCCUCGAAGCGUGCAAGGAUGUGCGCCGCGUCGUUCUGGACAAGACUGGCACUGUCACCGGUGGCAAGAUGGUUGUCGCGGAGGCAUGUUGGGCUCCCGCACAAGGCCCGGUCACCGAAGCUGGACUCACUUCCGCGCAAGCUUUGAGCUUAACCACCGCGGCUCCACCUCUGCAACGCCACGCCGUCAUGUCGCUUAUCGCGCUGGCUGAGUCUCGCUCUGAGCACCCUUUGGCUGUCGCUGUUGCCGCAUGGGCGCGCGAGCAGCUUUCGGAUGCUGGCCUUCCUCCGCCCAGCGGCAAUGUCACCGACUUUGAGGGUGUUCCGGGCGAGGGCAUUGAAGCAACCAUCAAGUUGCAUGGGCAGGAUGAGCGGGUGCGACUUGGCAAGGCCUUGUACGUGCUCCGCGAAAAGGCUGGGGAAGGUACGGCUCCUGUACCCCCGCUUCUGAAGUCGUUUGAGGAGGAACAGACGUCCGACGCCAACAUCGUUGUAUACGUCUCGGUGCUGCGCGGCGGAGAGGCCAUCCCCCUUCUCGCAGUUGCGCUCUCGGACACUCCCAAGCCAACAUCCACGCAGGCGAUCAGCGCAUUGCGGGCCAUGGGCGUCAAGGUGACGAUGCUCACAGGCGACUCGGAGGCUACGGCGCGUGCGAUCGCUCGCGCAGUUGGCAUCGAUGACGACGAGGUCUAUGCAGGUGUCAGCCCCAAAGGCAAGGCGACCAUCGUCCGCGAGCUUGACGCAGCGGACGGGGGCGGCGUUGCCAUGGUCGGCGACGGCAUCAACGACAGUCCGGCACUCGCAGCCGCAAGCUUAGGCAUCGCACUGGGUUCGGGCACUAGUGUGGCCAUGGAGGCGGCAGACGUCGUGCUCAUGAAGAACGACCUUCUUGACGUGGUAGCGGCGCUCGACCUCGGCCACACCAUCUUCCGCAAGAUCCAGACCAACUUGAUCUGGGCGUGCUGCUACAACGUCUUCAUGAUCCCGCUCGCAAUGGGCAUCCUCCUGCCGUGGGGCAUCCAUCUGCACCCAAUGAUGGCCGCCGCCGCUAUGGCAUUCAGCUCGGUCUCUGUCGUUUGCUCUUCUCUUACUCUAAAGUGGUGGCGCCGGCCGCUCGUCUCCAUCCCGCCUGGGGGGACUUACGAGCCGGGAGGCGUUCAGCGCGGGUUCGCGGAGCUGAUUGCCGCUCGUGAUGCCGCGUCUGCCGCUACGCAGGCCUGGGGAUACCGCGCUGUUCAGAGUGCACGCGGCGUCCCAGGCCUUGACCGAUUGAUCGACCGCACGCCCCUCAGUCGCCUCGCCCCGCCUUCGGCCAUCAUCAGCCGCGACGACUACGAGGCAAUUCCUCUAACGGCCGCCGACGACCGCGAUGCCCGCUACCAUUAGGCAGUUUGACCGUAUCAUAGUUUGUAUUAGGGAUGUAAUGAUUGUAUUAGC